AUGUCCACGCAACAUCCCGAGGCCGGCGUCACCGUCUCCAUUCUGCCCGAGAGAGCCCUCGAGCAUGUCCGCCUGCUCGAGCUCCCGGCGGAGCUGCUGGCCCUGGUCACAUCGGAGAACCCACCGAUGUAAACAAAAAUAGCGCAAGAUCUCCCGUCUCGUGGCUCCAGCUGAUGAAUAACACAGACUACACCUCAGGUCGAGAGAGAAUCUCAAUGGCGAAGCAAAGGAUGCAAAUGCCGUGUUGUGUACUCCCGACAAGACAUACAAUGUCCGCCAGGUCAGCACAUCGAACAGCGUCUAUCUUACACGACCACGUGGGACGGCAGGCGACGAGGGCGGUCUGCCACAGAAGGCAAUUGAGGCUGUAGCCAAGUGCGACUCCACGCUCGAACUCGUGCCCGCGGGAAAGCAGUCCGCGGUACCCUAUAUCAAAUCCACGCUCCCGACAUUCGCGUCCACUGGAAGCUAUGGCUCGGCAAAGUCAAUAUCGAGGACCGAACUCUUCUCAAACAUCCCUCUCAGUCAGGCUGAAUGCGAAGCUGGGUAUCAGACCUUGGCCUGCUUCGAAUCUAGCGAUCCACAAGGAUGCUUCAUCCCGAGCGCAAAGGUCAAGAUGCAGAUUUGGGAGACAGCUCUGACGACUGCCAUAGCAGAAGGUGCGGACCUUAAAGAUCCUUACCUCGCGGAAGACAUUCCGGUCUUCGCCAUGGAUCUCAAAGAAGACUGGCCUCUGGAGCUGAUUGCUGCCGUCUUCGCUGGUGUAUCAAGUCCAACACCAGGAGGGAAUCUCGUCAUCGACGAAGACAAAUGCGUUCAUUUCGUUGGGUUGAACCUGCUUGAGCAGAGGUCUGCAGGUAGAGCGACAGAUGUGAAGGACUUCCUCAAAGCAUGGAAAGACACUGUUCCUGAAGCCUGGCGCCAAAAAUGCGAGAUCUCCGCUAUCCAAGGCUGGUACAAACUGCAAGAUAACGCUACCUCCAUCUCCUUCAUCGACGGCUCGAGCAGCACAGCGGAGACACCAAGCGGUGCUAAAGAAGAAGCCAAAACCGCCCUCGGCGCCAAAAGAAAAUGGCACGAGAAGUUCCGCGCUUCGAAAAAGACAGCCUGA